GCGCCGAAGAGGCUCGGGCGGCGAGGACGGGGACGAGGAGGAGCCGGAGGAGGCGAGGAGGAAGAGCGAGGGGAGGCCGAGGAGGCUCAGCGGCGUGGCAACGCGGCUCGGGGAUCCCUCGGGGCAUGGGCUAGCGGCCGCGGCGGCCUGGCAGCGGGACGCAGUGGACCUUCCGUGGCCCGGCGCGUGCAGGGGCGGCGAGCCGGAGCCGAGCGCAGCCGGGGACCGCGGGCUGGCGUGGGGGUGUCCCGGCGGAGGGGGCUGAUUACCCGUUAUUAACUAGUUGCCACCUAAUAAGCCAGGAGCGGCGGGUGAGCGGCGCGGGCUGCGCGCGGGGAGGGUCCCGGGCCGGAGCGCAGCGCACUCGCGUGGCGCACGGCGGGCCGGCGCGCAGAGCCGGGGCGGGCCCGGGGGCGGCGCAGACCCCGGGCGCGGGCGGCCCGCGGCGCCCCCUCGCUCUCCGCGCUCGGGGCCGGCACAGCCCCGGGCGAGCGGGGCGCGGGCCGGGGCGGGGAGCUGCCCGCGCGCUCCAUCCCCUCCCCCCCGGGCGGGCGGCCGGGGGGAGGGCGGGCGGCGGCGGCCCGCCGUAUAUAUCUCGGCGCACCCCGCCAGGUCGCGCACAGCGCCCCGAGCCCAGGCGCCUCCCCGCCCCCUCCCCGCGCUCCGCGGCGGCGGCGGCGGCAGCAGUAGCAGCAAUAUGGCUGUUGAUGGGUGUUCGGGGUGGCGCUGGCGGCGGGAGGAGCUCCCCCGAGCCCCUGCGCCGGCUGCCCGUUGCUAGCUAUGGCAAAUGGUGGCGGCGGCGGCGGCGGCAGCAGCGGCGGCGGCGGCGGCGGCGGAGGCAGCAGUCUUAGAAUGAGUAGCAAUAUCCACGCGAACCAUCUCAGCCUAGACGCGUCCUCCUCCUCCUCCUCUUCCUCCUCCUCCUCUUCCUCCUCCUCCUCCUCUUCCUCCUCGUCCUCGGUCCACGAGCCCAAGAUGGAUGCGCUCAUCAUCCCGGUGACCAUGGAGGUGCCGUGCGACAGCCGGGGCCAGCGCAUGUGGUGGGCUUUCCUGGCCUCCUCCAUGGUGACUUUCUUCGGGGGCCUCUUCAUCAUCUUGCUCUGGCGGACGCUCAAGUACCUGUGGACCGUUUGCUGCCACUGCGGGGGCAAGACGAAGGAGGCCCAGAAGAUUAACAAUGGCUCGAGCCAGGCGGAUGGCACUCUCAAGCCAGUGGACGAAAAAGAGGAGGCAGUGGCAGCCGAGGUCGGCUGGAUGACCUCUGUGAAGGACUGGGCGGGGGUGAUGAUAUCUGCCCAGACACUGACUGGCAGAGUCCUGGUUGUCUUAGUCUUUGCUCUCAGCAUUGGUGCACUUGUAAUAUACUUCAUAGAUUCGUCAAACCCAAUAGAAUCCUGCCAGAAUUUCUACAAAGAUUUCACAUUACAGAUCGACAUGGCUUUCAACGUGUUCUUCCUUCUCUACUUUGGCUUGAGGUUUAUUGCAGCCAACGAUAAGCUGUGGUUCUGGCUGGAAGUGAACUCUGUGGUAGAUUUCUUCACGGUUCCCCCAGUGUUUGUGUCUGUGUACUUAAACAGAAGUUGGCUUGGUUUGAGAUUUUUAAGAGCUCUCAGACUGAUACAGUUUUCAGAAAUUUUGCAGUUUCUGAAUAUCCUUAAAACAAGUAAUUCCAUCAAGCUGGUGAAUCUGCUCUCCAUAUUUAUCAGCACAUGGCUAACAGCAGCUGGGUUCAUCCAUUUGGUGGAGAAUUCAGGGGACCCAUGGGAAAAUUUCCAAAACAACCAGGCUCUUACGUAUUGGGAAUGCGUCUAUUUACUCAUGGUCACAAUGUCCACUGUUGGCUAUGGGGAUGUUUACGCAAAAACCACACUUGGACGCCUCUUCAUGGUCUUCUUCAUCCUCGGGGGACUGGCAAUGUUUGCCCGCUACGUGCCCGAAAUUGCUGCUCUCAUCCUGAAUCGGAAUAAAUUCGGCGGGACUUUUAACAAACAUGGAGGCAGAAAGCACAUUGUGGUCUGUGGACACAUCACUCUGGAGAGUGUUUCCAACUUCCUGAAGGACUUCCUGCACAAGGACCGGGAUGAUGUCAACGUGGAGAUUGUCUUUCUUCACAACAUUUCCCCUAACCUGGAGCUAGAAGCUCUGUUCAAACGACAUUUUACUCAGGUGGAAUUUUAUCAGGGUUCAGUCCUCAAUCCACAUGAUCUUGCAAGAGUCAAGAUAGAGUCAGCAGAUGCGUGCCUAAUCCUUGCCAAUAAGUACUGCGCUGACCCUGAUGCUGAAGACGCCUCCAAUAUCAUGAGAGUAAUCUCCAUAAAGAACUACCAUCCGAAGAUAAGGAUCAUCACUCAGAUGCUGCAGUAUCACAACAAGGCGCAUCUGCUAAACAUCCCAAGCUGGAACUGGAAAGAGGGGGAUGAUGCAAUCUGCCUCGCAGAGCUGAAGCUGGGGUUCAUAGCCCAGAGCUGCCUGGCUCAAGGCCUCUCCACCAUGCUCGCCAACCUCUUCUCCAUGAGGUCAUUCAUAAAGAUUGAGGAAGACACGUGGCAGAAAUACUACUUGGAAGGAGUCUCAAAUGAAAUGUACACAGAAUAUCUCUCCAGUGCCUUCGUGGGUCUGUCCUUCCCUACUGUUUGUGAGCUGUGUUUUGUGAAGCUCAAGCUCCUGAUGAUAGCCAUUGAGUACAAGUCCGCCAACCGAGAGAGCCGUAUAUUAAUUAAUCCUGGAAACCAUCUUAAGAUCCAAGAAGGUACUUUAGGAUUUUUCAUCGCAAGUGAUGCCAAAGAAGUUAAAAGGGCAUUUUUUUACUGCAAGGCCUGUCAUGAUGACAUCACAGAUCCCAAAAGAAUAAAAAAAUGUGGCUGCAAACGGCCCAAGAUGUCCAUCUACAAGAGAAUGAGACGGGCAUGUUGUUUUGAUUGCGGACGUUCUGAGCGUGACUGCUCAUGCAUGUCAGGCCGUGUGCGUGGUAACAUGGACACCCUUGAGAGAACCUUCCCACUUUCUUCUGUCUCUGUUAAUGAUUGCUCCACCAGUUUCCGUGCCUUUGAAGAUGAGCCGCCAUCAACACUGUCCCCCAAAAAAAAGCAACGGAACGGAGGCAUGCGGAACUCACCAAGCUCCUCACCCAAGCUGAUGAGGCAUGACCCCUUGUUAAUUCCUGGCAAUGAUCAGAUUGACAACAUGGACUCUAACGUGAAGAAGUAUGAUUCUACCGGCAUGUUUCACUGGUGCGCACCCAAGGAGAUAGAGAAAGUCAUCCUGACUCGAAGUGAAGCCGCCAUGACCGUCCUGAGCGGCCACGUCGUGGUCUGCAUCUUUGGUGAUGUCAGCUCAGCCCUGAUUGGCCUCCGGAACCUGGUGAUGCCACUCCGUGCCAGCAACUUUCAUUACCACGAGCUCAAGCACAUCGUGUUUGUGGGCUCCAUUGAGUACCUCAAGCGGGAAUGGGAGACGCUUCAUAACUUUCCCAAAGUGUCCAUAUUGCCUGGUACGCCAUUAAGUCGGGCUGAUUUAAGGGCCGUCAACAUCAACCUCUGUGACAUGUGCGUUAUCCUGUCAGCCAAUCAGAAUAAUAUUGAUGAUACUUCGCUGCAGGACAAGGAAUGCAUCUUGGCGUCACUCAACAUCAAAUCUAUGCAGUUUGAUGACAGCAUCGGGGUCUUGCAGGCUAAUUCCCAAGGGUUCACACCUCCAGGAAUGGACAGAUCCUCUCCAGAUAACAGCCCAGUGCACGGGAUGUUACGCCAACCAUCCAUCACGACUGGGGUCAACAUCCCUAUCAUCACUGAACUAGCUAAACCUGGCAAGUUGCCUUUGGUAUCAGUCAAUCAGGAAAAAAACAGUGGGACGCACAUUCUAAUGAUAACUGAACUGGUGAACGAUACUAAUGUUCAGUUUUUGGACCAAGACGAUGAUGACGAUCCCGACACAGAACUGUACCUCACGCAGCCAUUUGCAUGCGGGACAGCAUUUGCAGUCAGUGUCCUGGACUCGCUCAUGAGUGCGACAUACUUCAAUGACAAUAUCCUUACACUAAUCCGGACGCUGGUGACUGGAGGAGCCACGCCAGAGCUCGAGGCUCUGAUUGCCGAGGAGAAUGCACUUCGAGGGGGCUAUAGCACCCCCCAGACGCUGGCCAACAGGGACCGUUGCCGCGUGGCCCAGUUAGCGCUGCUGGAUGGGCCCUUUGCGGACCUGGGGGAUGGUGGUUGUUAUGGUGAUCUGUUCUGCAAAGCUCUGAAAACGUAUAAUAUGCUUUGUUUUGGAAUUUACCGGCUGAGAGAUGCUCACCUCAGCACCCCCAGCCAAUGCACGAAGAGGUACGUCAUCACCAACCCCCCGUACGAGUUUGAGCUCGUGCCGACAGACCUGAUCUUCUGCUUGAUGCAGUUUGACCACAACGCCGGCCAGUCCCGGGCCAGCCUCUCCCAUUCCUCCCACUCGUCCCAGUCAUCCAGCAAGAAGAGCUCCUCCGUGCACUCCAUCCCAUCCACCGCAAACCGACCCAACCGACCCAAGUCCCGGGAGUCCCGAGACAAACAGAAUGCAACAAGGAUGAAUAGAAUGGGCCAAGCAGAAAAGAAAUGGUUUACAGAUGAACCGGAUAAUGCCUAUCCCAGAAACAUUCAAAUCAAGCCCAUGAGUACCCACAUGGCUAACCAGAUCAACCAAUAUAAAUCCACAAGCAGCUUGAUCCCACCAAUCAGAGAAGUUGAAGAUGAAUGUUGACUUCCAGGAGACCAGAACUCUUUUUUUAAAGCCUGACAAACUUCAUAAAUGGUGAUGUGACUUUUCUUCCUCUUACAUGCUGAAUCACUGGUGGAAACGUUAGGAUAAGUGAGAAGUGCAAGAAAAAUAAAGUAGACAGAUCUUUCUCUUUGUCUGCCUUGAAUAUUGCUUCCAUGUAUUUUGGAAAAGAAAAUGAUUUCAUUUAUAAAUGAACAUAUUAAAAUAGUCAUGUAUAGCCUCUAGCAUUUUAAAUUAUUUUUAUUUAUUAGAAAGAAAAUAUAUUUUUUCUUUUUUUUUCAUUGUCAAAUAUCUUCCCUGUAUCCAAACAAUGCAAAAUCAAAAUGAGUAAGUGGCCAGACUCCUUAAUAUGUAUUUCUCUUCUUUCUGUCUUUUUCUUUGAGGAGAAUGAUGGUCACCACCACAAUUGAUCGUAAUGAAGGCAAAUGGAUUGCUAAAACAAUUUUAAAAUGGUCCAAUGAUGUAAACAUGUAUGUUAGUAAAUUCAUAUAAGAAGACAAAAGGGGGCAGGUGAAUUUCCUGGAUGGGUGUGUAUUUUAGCUGCACUGACACCAGCUCUUAAUAAAUGGAAACUUAUUUAUUUUCACAGUUGAAAGUCAUAUUUUUGUAGUUUUAGUUUUCAUUCUGUAUUUCUCCUCCCUUUGUUCGUAUAUUUAAAGGGAAGACCUUCUUGCAGCUUUGCUACAAUUGCCAGAUCAGGUUUAUCCAGCCAACUAACGAUGCCAGGAGGGGCGUGAGCACGCCUGGGACGUGGAAGUUGAGGACCAGACGCACACAAGAUAUUGCUCUGUUUGUUGUUCUGAUGGUGGGGACUCCUCCAUGCUGUUAUGCUUCCCAUUCCCUAUCUCCAAACCACCUGCGCAAGUACAGUCAUUUCAACUCUGGGAGGCUCUGGUGGGCUUUCUCCCCACUCCUCAAAUCUCAGAGCUUCUAGCCUGAAAGUUUGUGAACACCAAUGGGUAGUUCCACUUAAUAAUAGGAUAUGAUAAUGCAAUCAUUCUUUUCACUGAGUUUUUGUUAAAAAGUCAGAACAUUGUCAUGAUCAAAGGGACUACUUUUUCCCAGAUUUUAUUUUUUCCAGCCUUCCUUUAGUUGCUGGGACAAAACACACAAACUAGCUGCGACAGUGUAAAACAUAAUAACGACAAAAGGAAAGCAAUGAAUGCGCUCAAUACAGACUGUUAGAAAAGGCCUUUGAAAAUGACCAGCAAUGAAAUCAAAUGUAUCAGCCACUUCCAACUGUGCUCAAAGAUUUUUCUAGCCAUCAGACACAAUUACCAAGUCUCAGAGCUCUGCUGUGGCUUGCAUGCUCUCUGUCCCGGCAACUGUUACGUUCCAAACGAUUUAGCAAAUCUUUCAACUUCAAAAUGAUCAAUCUUUUAUACAAUCAUCAGGGUCUAUGAGAAGCAUGGAUGUGAUAGUGAUAUUUCUUUUCUUAAAAAUGUCAACUGUGGACACUCAAAGAAUCCAAACUUACUAAAAUAUCCCCCAAAGUCCCAUGGUAUCUAUUCCAUUAAUUCUUUAGGCCAUGACCCUGUGGUACUUAGUACAUUAGUGCAAAUCAGAUCAGAGCCAAGCAACGAAAUCACCAUGAAAACAUAUGUCCACUAAGUACUCCAAUUACCAGUGUAGGCAAAAUGGCUUCCACCUCCGUCUAUUCCCUGCAGAGCCAAUGUAGUUGUGCUUCCGCCUUGUAGGGGCCGUCCUGAAGUGACUUGUCAGACUGUGGUUACCCUGUCGUCACAUUUUGUAGAACUAGUUCUAUAAAAGUAUUGUGAAUAUAAUGUAUGUCCAAUUGGAUUGUUUAAAAACUACUUAUAACCAAUCACUAGUCUACACAGCAGACUAAAAUGACGUCAGCAGUCUAUCUUCAGGCUUAUGAAUAUUUCCUGGUUUCCAACAGUAGAAUGGGUUUGUGGGGAGAAUCCCUUGUGAGGAUUUUACCACUUUCCUGAAAGCUAUGCCUUCUUCUACAUAAUGAUUUUGCAUUGGGGUCACCUUAGUACAUUCACAGCAAUCCACGCUCUUCUUUCCUUCAUGAACCUUGGUGGACUCUUCUUCACUCUUCUUCCUGAUAACCAUUUCUGAAUUUGUUAUAACUAUUUGGUAUCCUAUGGGGCAGGUGAUGAUGGCCACCUAAAUGAUCUUUCCUUAGGGAAACACAGUGUCCCAUGCCUCUCAAACCCAUCUCUUCAGCCAAGUCGGUCUGGAAGCAGACGUGUAAACUCCGUGACCAUCAUGGCCAGAGAUAUGAAUCUAAAUUUCUUUUCUUUUCUUUUCUUUCUCUUCUCUUCUCUUCUCUUCUCUUCUCUUCUCUUCUCUUCCCUUUCCUGUCCUUUCCUUUCCUUCCCUUUCCUUUCCUUUUUUCUUCCCUUCUCUUCUCUUUCCUCUUCUCUUCUCUUCUCUUCUCUUCCCUUCCCUUCCCUUUCCUUUCCUUUCCUUUCCUUUUUUAUUCUCUUCUCUUCCCUUUUCUUUCCUUUCCUUUUUUCUUCUCUUCUCUUCCCUUCCCUUCUCUUUCCUCUUCUCUUCUCUUCUCUUCUCUUCCCUUCCUGUUCCUUUCCUUUCCUAUCCUUUCCUCUUCUCUUCUCUUCUUCUUUCUUUUCCCUUCUCUUCCCCCUUCCCCUCCUCUACCUUCCCCUCCAUUCCUCUUCUCUCAUCUCCUCUCCUCUUCUCUCUUCUCUUCUUUUCUUUUCAUUCAAGUAUAGUUGGAAGAAAUUUUUUCUCUUGACCAAAAUGGCUAAGAUGUUUCCCACCAGCAAAGAGCUGCCCCCAAAAACUAAUUGGCAGGAAUCUAUUUUUUCUUCUAAGGUAGAGCAGCAAGCUCAUGCAGUUUUGCUUUUGCAAUAAUGAACUGUUCUCAAACAGAAAAUAAAAGCAAGCUUUACUUUUUUAUUGAGAAAGUGUGCAAAGUGACUGGUUGGUGGCUCUUUUGGCAAAAACUGGUGCCUAGUAGGUUAAAAGUGACACAAGAACAGAAACAAGAUUGUAUGACCACUGAAGGGCUCAAGCCAAUGCUAGAGCUUCCUGAUUAGUUUCUAUGUGUUGAGCUCUCUGACUGGGAAGAGGUAAUCAUUCUACCCCACUGUGACAAACCCGCUCCCACAUUUUCUGAUUAAAUUAUCAGCAGCCAAUGAUAGUCAUCAUUGGUACAGUCUGUCUUGUAAGACUAUGAUCUCCCAUCCCAGUUUAGGGUUCCAGAAAAGUCCUUUACCCAAACUAAAGACUCUUGGGUGCUUUGGGAAUCAAAGACUCACCAAGAGGCUAUUUUAAAACCACCUAUUUAUAAAACGUCAUCACCACCAUCACCUUUCUUAUUAAGAAAACUUUUGUUUUCAUCUAAGCAAUUUUAUAUUUAAAAAUAUCACCUUGAACCAAUAUAAAGUACUUCAAAUGUAAGUGAUCAUGACUAAGGCAUGUUGGGGGACACCCAGAGCUCUUUCUUUCCAAAGGUUGGGCAUCUUAUGAUGUAUUUUGUGCAAAACUUUAUUGAAAACUUUAAAAAAAAAAACAGGGAAUUAGAACUGUUCAGUUAGGAUUAGAAAGAGGGAAAUUGAGAAAACAUUAGAAAAUUGGGAAUGUUUUCUUUUUUAAUAUUUUUAUGUAUUUUGAGAGGCAGAGAGAGAGAGGGAGAGAGAGAGAGAGAAAUAGAACAAGUGGAGGAGGGGCAGAGAAAAAGGGAGAGAGAGAAUCCUAAGCAGGCUCUGCAAUGUCAGGACAGAACCCAGAUGCAGGCCUUCAUCUCUUGAACCAUGAGAUCAUAACCUGAGCUGAAGUCAAGAGUCAGAUGCUUAACCAGCUGAGCCACCCAGGCACACCUAAAAUUGAGGUUGAAAAGAGAAAAAGUGCAACUUCCUUUCUUGUGGUUUAAUAUGAGUACUCAAGAACUAUGUCUACAAAUAACCAGCUAUGUGAGGAUGUUCUUGAAACCCCUGGAGUCCCAGGGACCUCAUUUGGAAAUGAGAGAGAUUCAUCUAAAUGGCCUCCCUUCCAGGUCUGGGAAGCUGUGAGCUUGCUUGGGAGUGGGAGCAUGGGAACAGCCUGUGGAGACAACCUUGUCUUGUGCUGGAAUGACGGUCCUCUUGCUGCAGUACUCAAGUGAUACUCCUGCGAGUAGUGUGCAGUUUCUGCUCUAGAAACGUGGGAAUUAAGUUCAUUCCUCAUUCCUCCAUCUUAUGCUUUGGAGUCUCCUUAGGUUCAAAAUGCAAUUUCAGACUUCAAGUUCUCUUGGGUCAUGGUGUGGUCCAGACUUUUCUCUGUGUUCCCAGGGUCUUCGCCAUCUCAUCCCUACCUACCUUUUCUCUUGGCACCAGCCUCAAGUUCUAGUCAAUUCAUUCAUCUCUAACCCAUCUCUCCAGUUUUCAAUAUGUAGUGACAAGCUCUGACCCCUGGAUUUCUGGGAUUUUUCCUCAUUUUUAUUUCCACAAGUGGAUCUGGGCUUUAGGAAGCAACUGUCUCACUUCUCACUUCAUUUCCUGUCCUGUUUAUUUGAUUUGUUUUCUUCCAUCUUAGUAUUCCUUUCAUGGUAUACCAUCUCUGUUACUUACAUUCAUAAGUAUAAUUUUGAUCUAUCAUUCUUAAUUUUCAAUGAGAAUCUCAGUAAAUGAAGAAAGGAAGGAAAGAGCAAAAGGAGGAAGAGAGGUAGGGAGACAGAGGAAAAAAAGAAUAUCAAACCAACUGAUUUGAACAUGAGCCACCUUACUCAUAGAAGAACAAGCAAAUCCACUCAACUUGGACAUGGUGGUCCAUUGCAAAAUUUGUCAGUUUUCUAUUCAGUCCCUAAAGUCUAUUUUCUAUUCUGUUCCUCUUUGCAGCUUUUGGAAUGAUGGUAAAAUCACCAAUCACUGUGGUCUUUGAAAGGGACUUUUUUAUUUAGGGCUUGACUCAUCCUCUUUAAAAAGCAAAGGGAACUGAGGUUUCAUUUGAAACUCACCUGGUAAAUUCCCUUUCUGCUGCUCCUCCCCUACUCACCCCAUGUUCUCAAAGUACAUUUAUUUUUCUAUUCAGCAGAGAUGAUUUGACACUCAAAUCCCAUGGUCAUGUAAGGCAGUGAUACAGCCCUUUGGAUUUGUUAAUGGAAAGUGGUAAAUAGAAACAAUUUCCGGCCAGUUUGUAUGAGUGUGGCCAUAUUGGAUUUUUAAGUGAAGUCUACUCUGAUUGGUUGUUGCCCAUGCAAUACCAGUUGUUCAUAUUUUCAAAAUUGCCAUAAAAUAAGACAGUUCAGAAAAUCCUUUUAUGCUUAAUUUUAUUUCCCAAGGAACUACAGACCCUACUUAGCCAUUGCUUGGAACACAUUCAGAAAGUAGCCUGUCUGCCCCGACGCAGAAACCCUUUAGCUGUACACCAGUUGGAGACUGCAUUAUACCACAGCCUCAUGUGGUUAGACUGGGGAAGGAAUGUUGAAUUAGACUAUCUGUACCAGGCCUUCUUUUUUUGCUUCAUUUUUUGAAAAAGGGCCUGAGACUCAAGUAUCUUAAGCCAAGUCAGGACAUGCAUCUAGGAGCUAGGAAGAAUGAACAAAAACAAAAUGAUAUAAAUAGGAUUUUCAAGCACCAUCAGCUAGGGGCAGGUGUGUGGUGGCAAGAGUUAGUGCUUUAGAAAGGAAGGAAAUGUUGCAUUGAAUUAUACGGGUUGGGAAGAAUACAGAGUGAUAUAAUGCUUGAUGGGUUUUGGAGGUAUUUCAAUAGGAAAUAGAUGCCUGGAGAAAUCAAGAGAAUGAAGGUUUUCCAGAAAGAGGUGAUUUAAUGGGCCAUGGCUCAUUGGACGGAAUGUGAUUUCAAUACACAGUCUAUUUUGUCUACGGUGACACGAUUGUGUAGGGGAGCUGAAGAAAUCUAAGAUGAGACCUUAGGAAGUAGACAGUCUUAAGGGCCAAGGGUUGAGACUUGAUUUAGAAAGCUACAGAAAGCUGCUAAAAGUUGUAAAUGGAGUGAUGAACACCUAUGCCUGUUCAUUUUUUAGGUUGAAAGUUUUCAAAUGUCAGUUCCUCCUGGAAGUCAUCAUGAGGACAUAUGCAGAGCUAAAUGUUUUCUCAGCAGCAUUGAGUUCUCAAGGGUGCAUGUUCCAAGUCAAGAACUCAGUAUGGGAAGCACCUACUCUCCUCAGAUGAGUCUUAUGGAUCAUACUAGAAGUUUAGUUGGAGCUGUUAAGGGCUGGUGGGUGCACUGGGUGUUGGGGCAAUAACUGGUUCUGGAAAAGGUUCUUUGUGAAAGGGACACUGCCUUUGGACCUCAAGGGAAGAAUGAUGUGGAAGACUAGGAAAGAAAACAAGAAGACAGGAAGGGAAGCCAGCAAAUGUAGGCAGCUGAGCAACAUCAUAUUGGAUUCAUUCAGAGUGGAAGAAGCUGAGAGCUUUCCUUAAGGAGGACCUUGCAGGCAAAAAGGAGUCAGCAAGUGGAGCUGGGGAGAGGGUUCCAGCAGGCCUUGUGCAUUUGGAAGUCAGAGCCACUGAGAUACUUGUGAAGUGGGGAGCAUGGCUGAGUCUUACAAGGGAGGAAGCAUAGGUAUGGAAGGUCAUCUGGCGGAAGACUGAUAGGGGGCUACAGCCAUGCUUGUAGGAGCUAAAAGGAACGAAAUCGGUAAAUGCCGUUGUGAUAGGGGAUCCAGAGUACUCUAAAAACAGAAAAAUGGCAAAAAGGAGAGAGAAAGUCAAAGAAAGGUGAGUCACCUUCAUUGGUGCUGAAGGGUAUUGGAGAUGAUGACUCAGAAGUAAAAAGACUCACAUGAUAAGGGCGAGGACUUUGUUGAUGUGUCUUUAUCUGCAGAGCUUGUCAUGAGGCCUGGCUCAAGGUGGACAGUCAGCUGGCCACUGUGUGUUAUUUUGGAUGCCAUGGGAAAUGCAGGGUGGGCAGGACUUCCUGGAGAAGGACUCAAAAGAGAGGGAUCUUGAAGUGGGCAUCUUCUUUCCCCUCCCUGUUCAUGUCACCCCAUUAUUCUUCAUCCCUUCCUGAACACCACACACACUGGAAGCUUUGGCUUUAGCAUUCUUAAAACAAAUGUGACUAUCCCUUUGCCUUGGUGGCUUUUCUGGACAGGGAGCAGAAGGGGAGAGGUUCUUUGGCCCAGUGAAAACUGACCUUAAUGUUUAGGUAGAUUUUAAGUUUAAAAAGGUUUCAUUUGGUCUGCUUAUCCCCUUGAGGACAUCUGUGUUUCUUCUCCCCUACCUUGCAAUUCAGCAGAACAGGGACAAACGUGACACCAAAGCUCUCCAGUGUCCCUGCCUCUGGAAGCGUUACUGAGAUGGCUGUUCAGAAUCUUAGAUGGAAAUGUAUACACGGCACUGACACACACCUGCCAGAGCAAACCAGAGCUUUCCUCACAUGGGAUUCAGGGUCAGCGUGAGAGGCGGCCAGCAGGCAAGGGAUCCCUGCCAACAACGUUGACAGAGCCCCAUUUCCACACUAAACCAAAGCUUCGCUGCCCCAGAGCGGCGCGCCCCCUUUCCCUUCCUUCCGCUUCGCACAGCCCAAGACACGUUUGACCAGAACUGCAACAUUUCAGACAUAAACCAAACUCAGCCUGGAAAUCCUAAUUAAAAACAUUCCAUUCCCAGGUGGCACGAUUGCAUCCUGCCUAAAACUUCUGGCCCACAUCCCACCACCCAGAUGCUGAAGCAAAAGCUUUCCCCACUUAACACCAAAACCUGCACUCAAUGUUUCUUCAGGGACAAAGAAAAAAAACAGUACACUUACACAGAGGUCAGCCUACAUAUUCAUUAAGGAAAAAGAGCGUGGCUUAUUCAUCUGUCUUUCAAACUUUUGAUUGCUGGCAUUAUGAUUAUGAUUAUGAUUAAUUACCAUGACGGAUCAGGAAUUGGAGGAGAGAAUAAAUGCCGGUGCUCUGAAAUGAUCUGCCCAACUCUGUCAUCUGUAACAACCAGUGAUAACUCUCUUGUCUUGUAAAAAGGGUUUGUACAUAACUUGUACAUGGUUUCAUUUUGUAUUUUUCGCAGAUUAAAAAUUUAUGUAUUUGUGUUCUAAAACAA